UUCUCUGAGAUCCGCUCUCAUUUGCAUCGACUUCGCGGAGUCUCCUUCGCAGCGAUGAUCGGAGAGAACCUUGGACCCUCGUCGCCGUCUCCGGCGCCGGCAUCGGAAUUCGUUUUAUGGCCGCGGAGGGAACCAUUCGAGCACGGGCUCCUCCCAAUCCCCAAGCUCAUCUUCUCGGACGGGACCCAGACCCUGGGUCCUCUCAAGGAGAAGCUCCUCCAGGCCUCGCCUUCCGGCCGGAUCACCGCCACAGAGCUCGCCAGCGCGCUCCAGAUUCCACCGGACUAUGCCCGCUUGGCAUUGGACACUCUCGCCUCCGUCCAUCCGGCGGAUCUCGAUCCCAAUGCUGGCGUGGACGUGCAUGAUCUGCUAUUGUUUUUGUACAUCCAGACCUAUAAAAGGUUGGUCAUGAGGACGCACAAGGACCCGGCGGCGGUCGCCGAUGUCUGGCCCUCGAUGUCGGCCUUCGAUGGAUACUUCUCAUCCAUGUCGCCUAUUCAGCUUGCCCGCAGUAAUAGUCGCCGUUUCAUGCCAUCUCAAUCUGAUGAAGAGGCCUAUCAGUUGUCGUAUUUACAGAAACAUAUGGGCAACAUUCUUACACUUUUGGCAGAGUCUGUAAAAGGCGAUGGUGAUGAAUCUCUGGUGUUAACAUCUGAAAGAUUUGAUCAUCUUGGAUUUCUCAUUCAAUUUGGUGAAGGAAUUACUUUGAGCCAAGCUGCACCUUUUUAUACAAAUUUGGAACCGGACAUGCCUGUUGUUUCUGUUCCUGUUGCUGCAGUUCAUGAGUGGGUUUUGCAGCAGAUAUGUCUAGCAUUGGAGAACAAUGCCGACAAGGCGAAAGGAAAUGAUCCUUCUACUGAACUUGAUGUGGAUACAGGUGAUGCCUGUGUAAAUCAGUCAAUGUCUGAAAGCAGCAGUUCACCCAAUGGGUCCUUCAGUCUUAGCUAUGCCGCAAAAUCUAGAUGUCAGACUUUUAUUGAGGGCAUUUCUAAAGCAUCCGUGGUCAAGCAGAGCACCGACAUCAAAGGACAUUCUGUUAAGGUUUUGAAUUGUCAAGAUUCAGUCAUAUACAUACUAGCACCUUUGCAGUAUGCUAUAGUGUAUGGAUGCUGUGAUGCAACUAUUGUUCUGGGUGCUAUCGGUAAGGCUGUAAGGGUGGAGCACUGUGAAAGGGUACAUGUUAUUUCAGCAGCAAAGCGCAUUACAGUUGCAAAUUGUCGUGAAUGUAUUUUUUUCUUGGGGGUUAAUCAACGACCUCUGUUUCUUGGUGACAACAAUAAAUUGCGAGUGGCACCAUACAAUACAUUUUACUCCCACUUAGAGGCUCACAUGGCUCAAGUCGGUGUUGUUGCAACUGUCAACAGAUGGGACAAACCACUGGCACUUGGACUGGUUGAUUCUAAUGAUGCAGUAUCAAAUCCUGCUGGUGUUUCUGAUGUCAAAGCAGAGUCCACCACUCAGCUUGAUCCUGAACUUUUCACAAGCUUCUUGAUACCAAACUGGUUUGCUGGAGAAUCACCACAAACCACAAAUCAAAACCCUUUUCCCUUGCCAGAAAUGUACUCAUCUUCCCUGGGGAGGAAGCAUUCAAAUUUAAGUGACAUUAAACAAGCUUUGAGGGAUCUGAAACUAGAUGAGAACAAGAAGCAAGAUUUAGCUAGUGUUCUUCAUGUGCAUUUCAGAGACUGGUUAUAUGCUUCUGGGACUAUACGUCAGCUUUACUAUCUACAAUGCGAGUGACAAUACAAAAGCUUAUCACCAAGGUAUAGGCCUACGACUCACGACAUAUGCUUUUCUUUUUUCCGUUUGUUUUCAAUCUGUGAUCAUAAAAAUCAAAUCCUCAUAUGCUAAUGAUGAUUAAUUUUUUUUUUUCUAUAUUUAUCUCAUUGUAUGAAAAUGCAAUAGCUGCAUUACCGAUGUUAUUUUUCAAAUCAAAUUUCCCCAUUCUUCUGAUUAAAGAAUGGCGGUAUAAAGGUAUUGGCCUACGACUCAAUUCUGUAUUUUGUGUCCAUUAUACCUCCAGAUUGUUGUUGAAAAAUUCUGUAUGCACCCUGAUGUAUUGGACAAAAACCAUUGGAUAUACAAUUUAUUUGUUCAGUGCAUUACACUUGGUACAAUUUACAUUUGAGGA